UCCGGUAGCCUAGGUAGCACAAAGUUCUCCAGUGAAGAACCCCCUUCCCACAGGGAUUCCCACGGCGACGAUGUCAUCAAAGGGUUAAUUCUGAACCGGGAUGUGGGAGGGCAGGAAACUCAACUGUAAUGGUAGCCUGGGGAAGAUUAACUGCUUAUGGAAAGUCCCACUGCGGAGGUGCCAUCUCAGGGCUGAUCGCGGACUGGUGGGAGAGUGAGCAGAGGUUAUCCACCCAGAGUGGGGCCCCACCCAGGCCACUAGGACCUCGCACUGAGUCUUUGCAGCUGGGGAGCUUUCCACGGGGGCGUGGCCUGGAGGACGUAGCCUGGGAGGUGACAAGAGGGUUAACCACCCCACAGAGGUAGGGGGCGGGCAUCUUCCCGGGCGGUCCUCCCCUCCAGGCCGCUGGAACCGGAAGCUGUCCGUGGUCUGGAGCGCGCCUUGACUGCCUUCGUCUGCGCUUCUACUGAGGUCCUUCCUGGAUAGGAGAGCCAAGCGAGGUUCGGAGGCGAGAUGAGGGCAAGGGGGGCAGCCCAUGUUCCAGGUGAAGAUCUGGAGCUCAACUUUCAGGAGACGCCCCAGCAAGACUUUCGGGGAGCCCUCCAGCUAGCUGCUCACCUCAUGGGCCAGACGGCUCUGGCAAGGGGCAGCAGCAGCAGCACCCCCACCUCGCAGGCUCUGUGCUCUGAUUUCUCUCCUCCUGAGGGUUUGGAGGAGCUACUGUCUGCUCCAACUCCUGAUUUAGGGGUCCAACGUCACCACGGCUGGAAUCCCAAAGAUUGCUCAGAGAACAUCGAGGUCAAGGAAGGCGGGUUGUGCUUUGAGCGGAGGCCAGUGGCUCAGAGCACUGAUGGAGUCCGGGGAAAGAGGGGUUACUCGAGGGGCCUGCACGCUUGGGAGAUCAGUUGGCCCCAGGAUCAGAGGGGCACACACGCGGUGGUGGGCGUGGCUACCGCCCUUGCCCCGCUGCAGGCGGACCACUAUGCGGCGCUGUUGGGCAGCAACAAGGAAUCGUGGGGCUGGGACAUUGGGCGGAGGAAAUUGUAUCAUCAGAGUAAGGGACCUGAAGCCCCUCAGUAUCCAGCCGGACACCAGGGUGAGCAGCUAGUGGUGCCAGAGAGGCUGUUGGUGGUUCUCAACAUGGAAGAGGGGACUCUGGGCUACGCUAUUGGGGGCACCUACCUGGGACCAGCCUUCCGCGGACUGAAAGGCAAGACCCUCUAUCCCUCUGUAAGCGCCGUCUGGGGCCAAUGCCAGGUUCGCAUCCGCUACCUGGGCGAAAGAGUGGAGAAGCCACAGUCCCUUCUGGACCUGAGUCGCCUGUGUAUACGCCAUGCCCUGGGCGAAACCCGGCUUGGGCAGAUAUCCACUCUGCCUUUGCCCCCAGCCAUGAAACGCUACCUGCUCUACCAGUAACCCUGUGGUACUACAGAUUGUACUGACCCUUGCCACCACCCCUACCCUAAGAGCAGGUGGGAAGACGCCUUUGGUCUGGUGUGGACAACCUACCUAAAGCCAGUAAGGCUGAGGGGAAGUGAGGCUGGGCCCCUUCUCUAAUUCUCACCAGAGGGUUGAGUGGGGAAGAAUACUAAAGGCUGAGGUAGCCUGGUAAAAAAGAUGUUUUCAAGUAAAAAGUAAUGAGAUUAUUA